AUGUCGCCUCACAAGACGACGGAGUCGUCCAAGGACGCCGCCGCUGAAUACUUUGAGAAGAACCCUUCGCCAAAGGCGUUGAACAGCCAUCAAGCCCUUGCCCGUGAAUUCAUACAAUACCACGCGGAGACUUCGCCGGAUCGGCGGAUCGUGCUGGUUACUUCAGGCGGGACUACUGUUCCACUUGAGAACCAGACUGUUCGAUUCAUUGAUAAUUUUUCAGCCGGGACUCGCGGAGCAACAUCCGCAGAAUACUUCUUGAAGCAGGGCUAUGCAGUCAUCUUCCUCCAUAGGCAAUUCAGCCUGUUGCCAUAUUCGAGACACUACAGUCACAGUACCAACUGUUUCCUCGAUUUCAUGGAUGAACACCAAGACGAUGAAGGGGGAGUCGUAGUACGGAAAGAGUAUCAAGAAAAGAUGCGGCGAGUUCUUGAAGAAUACCAUUAUGCCAAGCAGAACCGGCUUCUACUCCUCCUGCCUUUCGUCACAGUUACUGAUUAUCUCUUCGAACUUCGGGCCCUUGCAACAUUGAUGCACCCAAUUGGUAGCCGCGCCAUGUUCUACCUCGCAGCCGCAGUUUCGGACUUCUUCAUUCCUCGCGAGCGCAUGGACGAGCACAAGAUCCAAUCCCGUGACAACGGGGCGGAUGGUGAGACCGGUGGCCAGGGCUCUGGAGCUAGCAGACAGCUGGUUAUCAACCUUGAUCCGGUUCCGAAGUUCCUCAACACGUUGGUACAGUCAUGGGCACCUAAGGGGAGUAUGAUUGUGAGCUUCAAGCUGGAAACCAAUCCGGAUCUUCUGGUUGCCAAGGCGGAGCAAGCCCUUGAGCGUUACCAUCACGACGUUGUCAUUGGUAAUCUGUUGACCACACGAAAAUGGGAAGUGGUCUUCAUCACCCGCGACGGUGGAGAGCACUGGGUGAGGGUUCCCAAGACUCGGAGAUCCAAAAGUUUUUCCGGAAUCGAGAAGAUGAUUGGAUUGGCUGAACGCAAGCACGAGCAACAUCCCAUAGAUCUUGAAGGCGGGACCGUAACCGAAGGGUUGGAGAUUGAGAGCCUAAUCAUCCCUGAAUUGGCGGACAUGCAUACUAAGAUGGUUGAAAAGCAAACUUGA